AUGGCCGCCCCUCCUGUCGCCCUGCCCAAUGUUACCCUUUCAUAUGGGCCGAUGCUCAUUGGCGUCUUCGUCAAUAUGAUCCUUUACGGCGUGCUUCUCACCCAAAUAUUGACUUAUUACACCGUCUACAAAGCGGACGCGUUAUGGAUGCGGGUUUUUGUUGGAUUCCUUUUCUUCGUGGAGACGGCAAACACUGCGCUCGACAUGUACAUGAUGUACCAACCGCUCAUCUUGGAAUACGGACAGAAACCGGUCUUCUUCCCCGAUGCUUUCAUGACCGAGCCCUUGAUCAUUGUCCUGGUGUCAAUGCCAAUCCAACUUUUCUUCGCCUGGCGUAUCUACCAGCUCACCAAGAGCGUCUGGGUUCCCAUCCUGAUCGUACUUUUAGGCUUAGCUAGUUUCGCGGGAGGUGUCUGGACCACCGUUAUGAUUCGUGUUCUCCGCAAGUUCGCCAAGAAGCCCUUGCUACAUGCGCCGGCAUUGCUCUGGUUCCUUACCAGCUGCGUGGCGGAUGUGCUCAUCACUAUUUCGCUCGUUCUCACCUUGUCCAAGAAGAAGACGGGUUUCUCUGCAACUGAUUCCGUAGUCGAUAAAAUCAUCCGAGCAACCAUCCAGACUGGCUUGAUCACCGCCGUAUUCAGUAUCAUGGAUGUUAUUUGCUUCAUGGUCUUCCCUCAUUACGCGAUCAACUUCGUCUGGGAUCUCGCGCUAUCGAAACUGUACACCAACUGCCUGCUCUCGACCCUCAACGCAAGACACAAGCUCAACAGCGCAUCACACGCAUCAACCUACCAGCACCAGCGCAACUUUGUCAUGUCGCCCAUCCGCAGUGGCUCGAACGGCAAGCAGGAGAGUUUCAUCGACACAGCACCAGGACCUACUCUCACGUUCGAGCAACGACCACGGGACUUGGAAUAUGGCGUCCAUAUGACCAAGGUUGUCGAGCGCGUCGAAGACCCUAUCAGCCAACAUCAUGGCCGGGGAAACUAUGCGCAAUGA